UAAGGCUGACCGAGCUGGGCCCCAAGUCCGGGACGCUCGUGGGGGGUGGGGGGGCGGUCACGUGGGCUGCGGCCGGCGCGACUCGGCUCUAGGCGCUCGCGCCCCGGGCUCCCGGGACCGCGGUCCCUGCCCCUCGCCGGCGCCAGCCAGGUACUCUGCUGUCAGGGACGCCCUCGCCAGGUGACCCCGGACGCGCCAGGCUGGGGUCGCCUCUGAGCGCCCCGCGGGGGCCAUGGAUGGUGAGACAGCAGAGGAGCCUGUGCCCCCUCAAGGAGCACCCUGCGGACCUGGCUCAGCUGGCGCUCCUGCCCUCGGGGGGCGGCGGGAGCCCAAGAAGUAUGCAGUGACCGAUGACUACCAGUUGUCCAAGCAAGUGCUGGGCCUGGGUGUGAACGGCAAGGUGCUGGAGUGCUUCCACCGGCGCACUGGGCAGAAAUGUGCCCUGAAGCUCCUGUAUGACAGCCCCAAGGCCCGGCAGGAGGUGGACCACCACUGGCAGGCCUCGGGUGGCCCUCACAUUGUGCGCAUCCUGGACGUGUAUGAGAACAUGCAUCACAGCAAGCGCUGUCUCCUCAUCGUCAUGGAAUGCAUGGAAGGUGGUGAGCUAUUCAGCCGGAUUCAGGAGCGUGGUGACCAGGCUUUCACCGAAAGAGAAGCUGCAGAGAUCAUGCGGGAUAUCGGCACCGCCAUCCAGUUCCUGCACAGCCAGAACAUUGCCCACCGAGAUGUCAAGCCUGAAAACUUGCUCUACACGUCCAAGGAGAAGGAUGCAGUACUCAAGCUCACCGACUUUGGCUUUGCCAAGGAGACCACCCAAAAUGCCCUGCAGACACCCUGCUACACUCCCUAUUAUGUGGCUCCUGAGGUCUUGGGUCCAGAGAAGUACGACAAAUCGUGUGACAUGUGGUCCCUGGGCGUCAUCAUGUACAUCCUCCUGUGUGGCUUCCCGCCCUUCUACUCCAACACGGGCCAGGCUAUCUCCCCAGGGAUGAAGAGGAGGAUCCGCCUAGGCCAGUAUGGCUUCCCCAAUCCUGAGUGGUCGGAGGUUUCUGAAGAUGCCAAGCAGCUGAUCCGUCUCCUGCUGAAGACUGACCCCACAGAGAGGCUGACCAUCACACAGUUCAUGAACCAUCCCUGGAUCAACCAAUCAAUGGUGGUGCCCCAGACGCCUCUUCACACAGCCCGAGUGCUGCAGGAGGAUAGAGACCAUUGGGAUGAGGUCAAGGAGGAGAUGACCAGUGCCCUGGCAACCAUGCGUGUGGACUACGACCAGGUGCAGAUCAAGGAUCUGAAGACCUCUAACAACCGGCUGCUCAACAAGCGGAGAAAGAAGCAAGCAGGCGGUGGCUCCUCAGCCUCACAGGGCUGCAACAACCAGUAGCGCAUGGGGCCAUGGACGAGCCAGGCCUCUCCACGUGGGGGACAGACGGGACUGUGCUGAGGUCCUGCCCCAGAGGGCCUGGGGUCAUUUUUUUUUUUAACAAAAUGAUCAUUUUGUUGUGUUUUAAUUUGUCACCUAGAACAUCAGGAUGGGGGACCGUGACUCCAAACCUCCUUAGAGGGGGCCCAGAGCCUGGGAGUAGGGAGCCACCUGCUGUAGCUGCAGUGCCUUUGGCCAGAGCAAUCUGAGUGAGAUGGAGCUCUGUUCUGUGCCGGGGCAUGGCUUUAGACUUCUGGGGUACCAGCAGUUGUGGCAGGCUUCCCUCGUCCCUCGGAGACACCCCCCUAUAGGGUGGUCAGAUGGGCCUGGCCUUGGGAAAGGCGGCUGGCCAUUGGUUGCCAUGGUGACCAGGGACCGGCUUGCUGUCUGUGAAUGCUGAGUGAGAGAGCCAGGGAGGGAGAAGGGGCAGUUGAGGGUCUGCCUCUGCCUGCUUGGGGAGGCUGGGCCCCUCACGCUGCUCGAUCCUCUCAGGCUUCCUCCCUUCGGUCUCCAGAGGCCUCAGGGAGGCCGCAGGGUCCGAGGCCCAGGGUUGGUCUGCCUGCCUUGCUGGGCAGUCCCGCCUAUCUUGCUGCAACUCCAUCGCACAUGGCCCCUGGAGCUCCCUCCUUGAGUCCCUGGGCCUACCGAUCCUGUUACUACCUUUUACCCAAAGAGUGGCCUUUCAUCUCAGGGGAGGGUGGGAGGUAUUUUUAACCCUUUUCUACUUUGGAAAAUGUCACUGUGACAAAAGCCAGUACAGUUCUCCUGCCCCCACCCACUCAGUGGAUCCCAGGCAGGAAAGCUUCUCUCUGUAACGGUUCAUCCUUCACCUUGUUCUGGUUUAUGGCAGGGGCUGUUUCCUGGUGUACUUUUGUGAGGGUGGGGGCUUCCCAUUAAUCGGGGUCUCUUUCUACACUCUUGGUCAGACCCAAGGCAGUGGAGAGAAGUGCUGAGUGAUGCUUAGAAGGUCUGGACCCUCCAGAGAGGAUCCUUUCCUUGCUGGCUCAGGCUUACCCAGUGUCACACUGCCCAGGGUAGCCUCAUGGCUCUCAGAGCCUGAUAUGGGCCUGACAAGUGCCUGCAACCCAGCCUGGUUCCUGACCUUUCACUCACUGGCUGGGAAAGCCUAGCCCACAUCAGAUAGAAAAACACUGCUGGGUUUUACAUCUAGAUAGUAAUAAAUACAUUUUGGCAUUUC